AUGGACGGCAACCUGAGCACAUCAGCAUCUGCUUUAAGGAACGACACGCUCCCCUACCACCCUGCAGCAGGAUCCUGGAUCCUCCUCAUACUAGUGGCUAUCAUUGUCAUCAUCGUGGUGGGAAACUUGCUGGUGAUCAUCGCCAUAGCUUCAACUUCCCAGCUUCAGACCACGACAAACAUCUUCAUCAUGUCUCUAGCGUGCGCUGACCUCAUCAUGGGUGUCCUUGUAGUGCCCCUGGGGGCCACCAUUGUCCUGACAGGCAACUGGCAGCUCGACGAAACAUCUUGUGAUUUCUGGACUUCAGUGGAUGUUUUAUGCGUGACGGCCAGCAUAGAGACACUCUGCGUGAUAGCGGUGGACCGUUACAUAGCUAUUACGAGGCCGCUCCGACACCAAGUUUUACUGUGUAAAUGGCGUGCCAGGGCGAUCGUUUGUUUGGUGUGGAUCGUUUCAGCUUUAAUCUCUUUUGUACCAAUCAUGAAAGGCUACUGGCGUGCAGACAAUGAAUACGAAGCCAGGAUGUGCUACGAUGACCCAGCUUGUUGUGACUUUGUCACUAACUGGGCCUAUGCCAUCGUAUCUUCCAUUGUGUCUUUCUACAUUCCUCUCUUUAUCAUGAUCUUUGUAUACGCAAAGGUCUUCCUAAUAGCAAGACGGCAAGUGCAGCUCAUUGAUAAAAGUAGAAUGCGUUUCAAACACGAGUGCUCAACACUGGAAAUGCAAUAUGGUUCCGAUGUCAACAAUGGGGCCCUCCAGUCUGUGUGCAUUAGCCAAGGCAGUAGCGGUAUUGGGAAGAAGGGCGUCAAGCGAAGACCGUCACGUUUAUUACUUGUUAAAGAACAAAAGGCCCUAAAAACCUUGGGUAUCAUCAUGGGGACUUUUACAGUCUGCUGGCUGCCGUUCUUUGUGGCCAAUAUCAUCAACGCUUUUGACCGAAGCGUUCCAUCGGAAAGGAUCUUCAGACUCUUAAACUGGUUGGGUUACGUGAACUCUGGCCUUAAUCCCAUCAUCUACUGCCGGAGUGCGGAGUUCCGCGUUGCCUUCAAGAACCUUCUCGGCUGUCCGUGGCUGUCCACCCUGUGGCUCAACACCAUCUAUAAAGAAGUGCGGACUCGCUGCUCCUGUUUUCAGUGGCCGGCUGAAGCAGGCCUGGCUGGCUCUUUCCAAAAAACUCCAGUCAGGAACAAAAGUGACGAGGAUUCUCCAGUUCAAUUUCAGUCCAACGGCAACAUGGAAUUCAGUGAUUUACCACAACCAGAAGCCAGAUUGUAA